AUGUUUUCAAGUUUUAGUAUAAAUGAGAGAGAUUUCCUAUAAGAGGCAAUCAAGUCGAAUUUUAGAGUAGAUGCUAGAGGUGUUCAGGAUUAUAGAUCAAUAGAAGUAAAAUUCGGACAGGAAAACGGUUAAGUUUUACUUAAAAUUGGGAAGACUUAGAUUCUUACUUAAUCAUCACUUAAACUAGUCACUCCAUAACCUGGCAAACCAAAUGAGGGAUUCUUCAGAUUUAAUACCGAAUUUAGCAGUUUAUAAUAAGCUGCUGAAUACACUUCAUCUAUAAAUACACUAUCAGAAAUGAGAGUUGACAUCACAAGAUUUAUUGAUAAAGUACUAAAGUCAUCGAGAGCUACUGAUAGAGAAUCUCUUUGUAUUGUUUAGGGUCGCCUUGUUUGGAGUUUAUCAGUAGAUCUUUACUUGAUAAAUGAAGAUGGAAACAUCAUGGAUGCCUGCUUUAUAGCCAGUGUUUUGAGUCUUAUGAAUACUAGACUUCCAGAAGUAACUAUUACUAGAGAUAGGAUAAAAAUCAACGAAGAAAAAGUUAAAUAUUUGAAUGUGCAUCAUAUUCCUAUUUGCACUACUUUUUUCUUUAUCGAUGGAAUAGAAAAUCCAAUCAUAGAUGCUAAUGCAAAGGAAGAAAAGCUUGCAAAAUCUAGAUUAUCGAUAUGCAUGAAUAUUUUUGAAGAUUUAUGUGGUAUGAGUUCAUUAGGAUGCCUUGAGGCAGACCCAUAAACUAUCAUUAAAUGCAGUAAAGUCGCAUUAAUUAAGACUAAAGAGAUUACCAAAAUAAUUAGAGAAGCCUUUGCUAAUAGAAAUAACCAAGAAAUUUUAGACUUCUUGAAUAGUAAAAAUAAAAGAUCACUCUAGCAAGAAAAUGAGAGAACAGCAUAAUAGUUCUUGCAAAAUUUCUUAGGAAAUGAUGAUAAAAAUACAAAUCAAACAAACGAUGACGAUGAUAUUGUUGAAGACCAAGAGGUGGUAGAGAUACUUAGAUAGAAUUACAAUAAAAAAGCUAAAUCAACUAAUCAGUAAUCUAUUGAUAAAUCAGUUUAAAAGAAAGAAGUAAGAAUUUCUUAAAUAGGAAACGAUGUUUAGGAUGCUCUUAAUAGUGGGAAUUAGAGUAAGAGAAAGGAUAAAAUGAAGGAAAAAUAAGAAAAAAUCUAGGAAAUUGAUAGUUAAGGUGAUAACCUGAGUUUAAGUUCAGCACUAAAGAAAAAGAAUAAAAAUAAAAAUGCUUGA